ACUUCAACUCCACUGACAACUCCGGUCCCUUCACAGGGCCAACCAAACCCUUACCAUCUAGAUCCCUUCUUUCAACUGCAGAAAUGGCAGACGUUCUCCUAUCACCUCUUCUACAAGUUGUCCUUGACAAACUAGCCACUCCUUUCCUCAGAAAGAUCUCCGACGUCUACGGAAUAAGCAACGAGGUCGACAACUUCUCCUCGUACUUACCCAUGAUUUACGCAGUCCUCGGAGACGCAGAAGAGCAACAAUUCUCCAACAGGGCCUUGAGAAUGUGGCUGGAAGAGCUCAAGGAAGUAGCUUACGAUAUAGAGCACUUGAUCGAUGAGUUUUCGCCAGAGGCCAUUUUGUUCAGAAACCUCGGCGAAAACUGCUCCGUUGAAGAGUUAAGUGAAGUUAUCUCCCAGAUCCGGAGUGGCAAACCGUUUCAUGAGGUGAGGAGUUAUUCAACUCGUGAACACUUUUUGAACUAUAGGGACUUGUUACCGAAAAUGAGUAAAGUUAAGGAGAAGUUAGAGAGGUUGUUUAGACAGAAAGCUGGGUUUAAUCUGAGAGAGGGAAGGGUUGAUAGUAAUAGAGGUUAUAGAAGUAGACGUGGAAGGCAAACUGGUUCUUUUGUGAUUGAGUCUGAAGUGUUUGGUAGAAAAGAGGACAAGGAGAAGAUAGUAAAACUAUUGAUGGGCUCGGGUGAUAGAAGAAGUAGUGGUGAUUAUGGGAAUGUUUUGAUUGUUUCUGUUGUGGGAUUAGGCGGUCUUGGGAAGACGACACUUGCUCGGUUGGCGUAUAAUGAUGAAAGGGUAGUGAGAUAUUUUGAUUUGAGGAUCUGGGUCUGUGUGAAUGAUGAGUUUGAGUUGGUGAAAGUGAUGACUUCGAUCGUAGAAGCGGCCAGUAGAAGUAGAUGCGAGUUUCUGGGGAUGGAUGUCCUGCAGUUUCAGCUCCGGGAGUUGUUGCUUGGAAAGAGGUACUUGCUUGUGCUUGAUGAUGUGUGGAAUGAGGAUCAGAGCGAGUGGGAUGAUUUGAGAACGUUGUUGAGAAGUGGAGCUGAAGGAAGCGCGAUCCUCCUCACUAGUCGUAAUGAAAAAGUUGCAUCUAUAAUGGGGAAAAGUCAUGUUUAUCAUUUGGAAGGUCUUUCUGAGGAAAGUUGCUGGGAUUUGUUCAAGCACCGAGCUUUUGGCCAUAACCAAGAAGACAGAUCAAACUUGUUCCCCAUUGGUAAACAAAUAGUGAAGAAGUGUGGAGGUGUUCCUCUGGCAGUAAAGACUUUAGGGAGCGUAAUGAGCUCCAAAAGGGACGAACGAGAAUGGGCGUUUGUCAUGGAGAGCGGUCUUUGGGACAUGUCUGAAAGCAAAAAUGGAACUCUGCCUGCGCUUAGGUUGAGUUACAGUCAUUUGCCACCACAUCUAAAAGGAUGCUUUGCAUAUUGCUCAAUAUUUCCUAAAAACUAUGCAAUCAAGAAGGAAAGACUAAUCCAGCUCUGGAUAGCAGCGGGAUUCAUACAGUCACUGGAAGGGAAAAAAUCGCUAGAAAUUAUCGGCAAUGAGUACUUCAACGAUUUAGUUUGGAUGUUCUUCUUUCAAGAUGUACAGAGAAGUCACGAUGGAAAUAUAACAGAAUGCAAAAUGCAUGAUCUCAUCCAUGAUCUCGCACAAUCCGUCGCAGGUACUGAAUUCAUGAUGUUGGAGCAAUGUACACCUAGAGAUCUCUCGUCUAUUUGUCACUCAUCAGUCGUAUGUAGUUCUGAGCUGCACACGAUUCCUGAAGCUUUGUACGAAGCAAAGAAGCUGCGAACUCUCAUCUUAUUGCUUCCCAAAGGAAACCUUGGAGAAGUUCCUUCUGGUGUAUUUUCAAGUUUCAGAUACUUGAGAGUCAUGGAUUUGAGUGGUAGCGGCAUUAAAAAGUUACAUGAAUCUAUUUCCUUUUUCAUAUUUUUGAAGUUCCUUGACCUCUCUAAUACUCAUAUUCAAACAUUACCCGAGAGUGUUUGCAAGCUUCUUAAUUUACAGGUGAUGAACCUUUGUGGUUGCUCUAAUCUCACCGAAUUGCCAAGUCACACGGCGAAUUUAUAUAAACUGAAGCAUCUCAUCAUAACCGGUUGUGACAGAUUAACGAAAAUGCCUGCUGGGAUUGGAAAACUGGUAUAUCUUCAAACACUGUCAAUGUUUAUAGUUGGAAGUGAAGCAGAUGAAAACCUUAACCAGCUACAACAUUUAAACCUUGGCGGUGAUCUGAAUAUCCGACAUUUGGAGAAUGUGAAACAUGCAUCAGAGGCCAGGAAUGCCGACUUAAUAGGGAAAAGAAACUUGCAGUACCUGGCUCUGUCUUGGGGAAAUGAGGGCAAGGGUUUUAACAGGAACAAUGAUUAUAAUAGCACACUAGAAGAAGUGGUUCUUAACUUCCUACAACCGCACAAAUAUUUGAAAAGGUUGUCUAUAAAAGGGUACAGAGGAAGUUGCUUCCCAGUAUGGAUAGGAGAUCUUAAACUCCCGAAUCUAACUGAAGUUACACUCGUUAGCUGUCGAAGAUGCGAGAAACUCCCUACGUUAGGUCAACUUCCAUUCCUUAAGGUUCUGUACAUGCAAGGACUGGAUGCAGUGUUGGACAUCGGCAGCGAGUUUUACGGUGAAAGCACAAGGACAACAUUUCCAUCACUUGGAGAAUUGACCCUUACUGAUUUUCCCAAUUUAGAAUAUUGGUGGACUUCUAAUGGGUUCCCUUCUCUACACAAACUCACUGUCAAUAAAUGUCCUAGGCUAAAAAACAUGCCAUCAUUUCCAUCACUUAAGCAUCUAGAGUUGCGAGGCUGCAAUGAUAUUGUACUUCGAUCAGCUUCGAAUCUAACUUCUCUGACCAGUCUUAUUGUUGAAGAAUUUCCAGAGCAGUUGAUUUACUUGGAUCUUCUGCUUCAAAACAACAUUCUUCUGAUGUCUCUAAAGAUUAGCUCUUGUCCAAAGCUCUGCUGCAUCUCUCCAAAUUUAGGAAAACUCACUGGUCUAAAAACGCUGACUGUUCGCUGGUGUGAGCAGCUACUUUCAUUGCCAGAGGGACUGCAAAACCUCACUUCACUGGAAUCACUGGAGAUAAUAGACUGCCACAGCCUCAUCUCUCUGCCUGAAAGCAUGGAAGGGCUGAUCUCUCUUCGAUCAUUGUCGAUUGAGAAUUGCAGUAACAUUACAACAUUGUCUCGGAGCCUGCAAUGCCUAUCGGCCCUUGAGCAUUUAACCAUCAUGUACUGUCCGAAACUAAACUCUUUGCCCGAUGAUUGGCAACAUCUCUCAACCCUCAAGAGUUUGUCCAUCUUGAGUUGUUUGGAGCUGGUUUCUCUUCCGGAGGGGUUAAAGAACGCUACUGCAUUGCAAAACAUGGAGAUACGUGGCUGUCCCAGAUUGCAAGCUUUGCCAGAAUGGGUUGCUAAUCUUACCUCACUUAGAUCUUUGGCGUUGUCAGAUUGCCAUAAUUUACCUUCUCUUCCAGGAGGUUUCCCGUGCUUGCGUUUCCUCCAACAUCUGUCGAUCCAGGAAUGUCCUAAUCUGGAGGAACGGUGCAAGAAGGAUACUGGUGAAGACUGGCCAAAAAUGAAGCACAUUGCACAUGUUUAUAUUGGAUCACAGCACUUUAGGGCAUCCUCUCUCUGAAACUCAAUAUUUCCUCUGCUGUUCUCUUGGUGUCAGGUGAGCUGCUAGCGAACAACUUCGAAUUCCUUGAGAAGAUGAUAAAGCUCUCAUGAAGCAUCAGCAAUUAGUAGUUUGCAUAUUGCUGUUAUUACUCGCCCCAGUUCUUCCUAGCACACUAUUUUUUCAAGACAUGACGUGUAAUCAAAUAACUUAUCCCCCCCUUUUUUUUUCUUAACUUCAUAUUCGGCUUGAGUCUUAUUUCCAACUUCUUUCUAUUACAAAAUUAUGCUCCAAAAUUGAAGAAAGUAAAAAUGAUCUAGCUGAUCAGUCGUGAGGUUUUGUUUACCUCUUGAUAUGAAAGCAGAAAACUCAAGAUGCUUGCAGCACAGACCCUGUUCAGAUCCAGACAACAAAAACGUCAAUCUUGAGACUAAUAUCAACGAACAGUUCACUAUACAUUCCAAGGUCGAGUGUCUCCUAGAAAAGGUUUUAUAGCUCAAGCUAAGCACGCUAAAGUAAACAGGUACAAAGA